AACUGCCAUCAAAGUGAACCAGCACAGGACUCUCAGAUGACCUGCUACACAGCUUUGUUUUUAAAAUUACAAGGCAAAAGAACAUGGAGAACAAAGACAGUAGGAUGACAACUGAAUGGAACUCAACAAUGGAAAACAGAAAGCAAUCAGAUAGCAAACAAACAAGAACUGACAUGAAAACCCAAAAAGAAACUAUAAAAAGACAAAGGCAACUGAUAUGUCAAGUAAUGGAGGAGAUCGAACAACUCUGGAGACAGACAGAAAGAAAAAGAAAUGACAUUGACUUCUUAAAGACAAAGACAGAGGGGCAACAGGAAGACAUUGAGAGACUGACAUCUGAAAAAAACAAACAGCACCUACUAUUAAAGCAAUUUAACUUCCAAAUAAAAAAUAUAACUGAGAAACUCAAAGAAAGCAAAAAUUCAGUUGCUAACGAAAAAACAAACCUUCUGAAAAUGUGGACUAAAAUAUACCAAGAGAAGGAUACUCUGGACAGAAGACGUCAUUACUUCAUCAAUGAGCGACACAAGCUAGACACUAUAAAAGCUAGUAAGACAGAAUCACCAAUAAGGGAGGAACCCAAAGAGCUCCUUAAGCAGGUAAAGCAGGAACUGGAUAUACUGGAGAAUGCAACUGAGAAAAACAGGGAAAUAAUGGUUGAAGUAAAGAAAGUUAAAGAAAAAAUGGAGAAAACUAAAGCAAACAUACAGCAAGCAUUAAAAAGAAAUAAAGAGGACAUUUCAAAAAACAGUGAACAAAUUAACCACAUUAAACAUAUUAUGUAUGUAAAGAUCAACAUGGUCAAGCACAGAUGGGCAAGCAUUAUAAAACAGGCUGAAAUGAAGAAAAUUCACAUGUAUAAAGAAGGACAGAGAGAAAGAAAAGAUGGAAAAGCCACAUUUGACACAGUGAAGAGAAAAAUGUGUAGAAUCCAGGAAGAGAUGGAGAAACUUUGGGAUGUGCUGGAAGACAGUGAACAACAACUGGAAGUGACUCAAAGUGCAAAGCAGCAGCUAAUGGCAGAGAACAAUCCCGUGAACAUCAAGAUGAAUAUUGAUUAUCCAAAGCAACAAGCUUCAGAUCUAAGCUUGAAAGUGACACACAUCCAGUCUGAAAGAGAUGACUUAAAGAGAGUUAAAAUGAAACUAAAGACAGGAAGGGAAAAUGUAGAAAAAGACAAGCCAAAUACUUACAUGCAGAAUUUGAUCUCUGAGGAAGAAGAAAACAAUGAGGUGCUUUGUAUCAAGAGUGAAGAAACAAAGCAGAGCACGAGGGACUUUACAGAAGUAAAGGCUCAAACCAAAUGGACAAAUUUUCGAGAAAAGCAAAAAAGAAGGGAGCUUGAGCAUCUGCUCGAGAAGAUAAUGAAAGAGAGGGACGAGUUAGAAAUCAUGAAGAGAAAAAUACAGCGACAAAAGGAAGGGGUUGAACAAAAACUGGAAAAUACUGUCACUGAGAUGAAAGGUAAAAUAGAAAAAACUGGUGCAGAAAUUAACAACACUUGGGAGAAAAUGCGGAGAACCCAAAGGGAGAUGAGUAAGAACGAGGAAGAAGCCAAGAACUAUAUAGAAAACCUAACAACCAUGAAAACUUGGGUCAACAAAUGGAUAUCGACACAGUCUACAAUCAAAUAUACUUUUUCGGUGAAUGCAUCCAAACUUCAAGAAUCACAGAAAGAAAUAGACACAGACUCCCUCGAGGAUCAAACAUCAGCAAUUCCAAAGGACAAAAGGGGGACAGAAAAUAUAACAGAUACAACAUCAUUACAAAAUUCUGUAACAUUAGAUGAUCAGCAUCAAAAUAAAAAAAUUAAAGAACAACAGAAGGAGCAUUUUGAAUCCAAACAUUGUUUUGCAGAAGGCAAAAAUGGGGAGCAGGACUUUUGCUUACAGAUGCGAACUGAAAUUCAUGAAGAAGCAGUGCAUGAUAAAACUGAAUUACUGAUAAUUGUAAGAGAAAGGGAAGAAGUGGAAAAACUGAUAUGUAACCUAAAGCAGCAAGAGGGGGAAAUAAAGGAGCAAAUAAAGUACACUGUUGAUAACAUGAAAGAAAAAACUCAAGACAUCAAAAGGCUCAUUUUGGAAAUAAAUGACCUGCAGAGGGCAGACACUGUAAUUACAGUCGGUGAAACUGAAAAUGCCCAGGAAGUAUUAACUAAGCUGUUGGAAGAAACUGAACAGAGAAAGAUUUUGAUGGUGAACACCAAAGUUUUCAAAAAUGAAAUAAUGAAAUAUGAAGUACAAGAGGAGGACGAUGCCAAAAAAAUAAAACAAGAGUCUAGCUUGAUAAGACUUGAUAUUAACAAGCAAAAACAAAUUCAGAAAUCAGGAGAAGAGAUGAAAAAACAUGUUGAACACACAGAUGAAAAUAAAAAGGACAGAGGAGCCGAUGUACAAAGACUCAGGGCAGAGAUUUACAAAACACAAGAGAUUAUAAGAACGCUAAGAGGAGGACUUGAGAACCUAGUGGAAAAAAGUAACAUGGACAAAGAUCAAAAGAAUGAAGGCAGUGAAAUUGAAGGAUUGCUAAAAGACAUCAAACAGUUUCAAGAGUUUUUGGAAAUUGUAAAAGCCACAAUAAAGCAAAGUGAAGUACAUAUGACAGAAGAAAUGAGCAAUAUGAAAUCAAUUAAAACUGCAGUGAAAAAGAAGAGAAGAGAAUUAGAUCAAAGGUUAGAAAAUACUUCAAAAGAGAGAGACAGAUUAGACAUCUUUAAAAUAAAAAUGCAGAGGCAAACUGAACUGAUUCGGCAGAAUUUAGAAAAAAUGGCAAAAGUUAAGAGCACAAUCGAGAAAAUAGCCACUCAGACCAGAAGGAAAAUUGAAGAGAUAGAAAUUAGUAUGAAGGAGACUGAAAUAAAACUAAGACAGUUUAAAGACCUUGACUACAUUAACCUUAACAUAACAAAAGGCGCAAAACCAGACAUGGAACAUGGUACUACACCUAAGCAAAGAACUGCUCUUGAAAUUUUCAAGACUGAAAUUAGGAAGACAAUGGACAAUAAAAGAGAUAAACUGACAAAAACCAAAAUGGACAAAGAAACUGAGGGAACAGAAAUCCUCAAACAAGUUAAAGAGAAACUGGAUGAUGUAAGACUUUCAUUAGACAGUCUGGGUCAUAAAAAAAAAAAAUCAGUUAGUGAGACUGUGAAACAAAUAAUUAAGAGAGAAGAGACUGAGGUGACAGAACAGAUCCAAACAGCGAUAAAGAAUGAGAAAAUAGUUAAACAACUAGCUGAAACAGAAAUACAGGAUGAACAGAUGAACCAUUUGAGGGGGAAAACUGAAAGACACAAACAGGAGUUUGAUGACAGAGUACACAUGACAAAAAGGCAAAUAAGAGAAAUGGAGCUGCUACAAUCAGAAUUGAAAAUAAAGACAAAAGAACUGGAGCGUUUAUUUAGAAAAACCAUGAGAAAAAAGGAGGAAAUUGAAAUAAUGUGGAAUGAAAUGCAACGAGAAAAGGAAGCAUUGAGGACCGAGAUCAAAAAGAAAAGAAGAGAAUUAGACCAAAGACUGGAGAUAACUCUGAGAAAAAGGGAUGAACUAGAAAUGUUAAGGGUAAAAUUGAAACGACAGAUGGAAGAGCUGGCUGAGGAGAAGCAGAGAGACCAUAAUCUGUUCAUCCAUCUACCCAAUGAACAUGAAAAACAUUGGGAAAGCAAAGAUGCGAAAAUGUUCAUGGAGAAACUUAAAAACCACAGCUCAAAAGUUUCUCAUUAUAUUAUUUACAUCCAAAACAUAAGAGAAAGGGUUAAUUUACACAUGGGAACAAUUAGGACAGAGAUGAAAAUUCUAGAAAAUGUGAAUGCUCAUUUAGAAAAGGACAGGAAGGGAUUCAGAGAAGUUGAGGCUGAAAAUAAGAAUAUAACAAACAAAAUGAGGAGAUUAAAAUAUCAGCUUAAUAUAAUCUUUGAAAGAGUUAGCAUACAAGACACUGCAGAGAUGGAUGAAACAAUCAACAUGUGGGAAAAAAUCCAAAGACAAAAACAGAGGCUUGAUAUGAGACUAGAAAGUAUUAAAAGGGAAAGACAAGAGAUCGAAGCUCUGGUGGUUGAGCUGGAGAUGAAGAAAAGAGAAAACCAACGUGUAAUCAAAAGAAGCAUUCAAAAAGAACAGCAGAUAAAAAGAAUAUGGGUUACUUUCAAAGAAGAAAGAACUGCCCUCGUGAGAGAAACAAAGCAGAAAAAGGAGCUUGAACAACGACGAGAGGAGAUCAUCAAACAUCAAGGUGAACAAGAAAAAAAGCAGAAGUUGCAAAAAGGAAAGAAAGGGACGAAAAGUGAAAUUGAAGACAUGAGGAUGACAGAAAAAAGGAAGCAAAUUAAAAAGCAUUGGGAACUAAUCAACAAAUACUUAGGGGAAUAUAACAAGGUAAUUAAAAACACUCAAAUCAUCAUUGGAAUAAUUCAGAAUGAAAAUAAGCACAUGCAAGACCAAAAGAAUUUCUACAUGACCAGAAGAAAAGAAGUACUGAAUAUGAAAAGCGAGUUAGAUAGGCAAAAGGAAAUUAUAUGGUGCGCAUUAAAAAACAUAAAACAAGAGCGAAAACAUGGGGAACAAGUGGAGACAAAAAUCAAGACAGAGCAAGAAAAAAAUGAAAACGGAUGGAAAAAACAAUUUCAGAUAGAAAAAGAUGCCAUUGAUGACUUGAGUGCAGACAAGAGUCAAGACAAAGAAGAUGUUGAAAGAAUGACUGAGAUGUUGAAGAAGAACCAGAAACUUGACAUGAGAGGCUGUAAAGUCAAAAAAGAAAUUGACAUAUUAAAACAAAAAAAGGAAGACAUAAAAGAGGAAAAGAAAACCAGUGAAAUAAAAGAAAUGGGAAAAAAAAUAACGCAUAAGGAUGGUAUGAAAAGGGUUGUCUUACAAGACACAAAACAAGACUUCAUAAAAAAAGAGAUCAAAAAACGAAACCAGGGAAAACAAAAAGUCAACCAGAUGAGAACUAGACGUGAGAAUAGAAAAGAACUGUUGUUGAAGGAAAGGAGAAAUAUCAUAGAUGAGCAGAAAGAGAUGGAAAUGAGAGGAGACCAAAUCAUGAUAGAAAUGAAAUCACUAGAGAUUCUGAAAGUGAAACUUCGACAACUGAAGGAGCAUAUAAAAGCUAAAAUGGACAGAUUACUACAAAAUGCUGACAACAGGUCAAGGCUGCAAACAGUGUUGGAAGAAAAACUUACAACUCAAGACAAACAGAAAGAAAACAUUUGCUAUUUCACUGAAAUGUUAGAGAGGGAAAGGGAAGGUGUGAGAAGUAUCCUUUCAGACAUGAUCACCAAGAGAGAAUGCACAGAAAAAGAAUGGAAGCAGCAGUUUGAACUGGACAAACGAGAUCUUGAUAAACUGAAAGAAGAUCUGAGACAAGACCGAGAAGAUCUGGAGAGAGAAAGUGAGGUGCUGAAUAAAGAGAAAAUGGAUUUGAAGCUGUUGAUGUCUGACAUGAAGAAACAAUUUGAAAUAUUGGAAGAAAAGAGACAAAAUGUAAAAGAAGAGAGAGACUCAAUGGAAAUCAUAAAGCUUGAACUGCUCAAUAAGAUGGAACAUGUAAAAAGGCUGUUAAAUGAGGCAAAUAAAGAAAAAGCCAAUAUUAAAGUUUCUAUCCUUCAGGUUCAAAUGGAAAAAGAAAGACUUGAAGACAUCUUAAGCAAGAUUUUCUUAACACAUAGUGAACAAAAAGUCAAGGAAGAUGACCUCAGAAGACAAACAAAAGAACUGGAAAUGAUGAAGAAGCAAUCACAGAGUGAAAGAGAAAAAGUGGAGAGUCUGAUGAGGAAUCUCAACAAGAAGCAAGAAGAGCUUGAACGUGCAAAGGAAAUCAUGAGUGAAGAAAAAGAAGAGGUGAAACAGAUGAAGACUGACAUUGCCAAAGAACGAGAACUGUUGUUGAAGGAAAGGAGAAAUAUGGAAGAAGAGCGGUCUGAGAUGAAAAUGAGAGGAGACCAAGUCAUGGAUGAAAUGAAAUCACUAGAGAUUCUGAAAGUGAAACUUCAACAACUGAAGCAGCAUAUAAAAGCUAAAACGGACAGAUUACUACAAAAUGUUGACAACAGGUCAAGGCUGCAAACAGUGUUGGAAGAAAACUUACAACUCAAGACAAACAGAAAGAAAACAUUUGCUAUUUCACUGAAAUGUUAGAGAGGGAAAGGGAAGGUGUGAGAAGUAUCCUUUCAGACAUGAUCACCAAGAGAGAAUGCACAGAAAAAGAAUGGAAGCAGCAGUUUGAACUGGACAAACGAGAUCUUGAUAAACUGAAAGAAGAUCUGAGACAAGACCGAGAAG